UGGUUAGAAUUGAGGUCCGUGAGUUGGAUGUGAUGGGGGAGUCGCAAAUCCACUGCGGGGGAGCUUCUAUCACCGCCCUCGCUACCGGCCAAUUAGAAGGCAGUGACCGGUUGAUAGAUGAUGCAGUUGAACACAUCUCUCAUACAAGGCUUCACAACCCCGAUUCUUAGCAUCGCUACACAUUGCUCUAUCUUUUGUAUCGUGCUGUUAGUCGCAUUAGUCAUUCUAUCUGUUGAGUAUGCUUAAAUCUCGAUGGGCGCCCCAGGGUGAGGAGGAAGUGCCGAAGCCUACAACUGAAGCGUGCGCGCAACAAGAGGCAGCACCAGCACCACCGCCCAUCAAUGCCUCCUACGACAGCUACAGCGGCCCCUCCAUAGACCCCUUCGCCCAAACCGCCGGCACCGACGACCUCUUCUUCGACGAUGACAUAACGCCCAUCUCUCAGCCCGUCGUAGAGCAGAGCAGCACUCUUGGGGCAGAAGCACCCGAAUUUGUCCCUGCGCCAGAGGAACCCGCUCCACCAAGCGCGCCGCAAGCACACCUCGCGCCCAAAGCGCCGCGAGAGCCACGAAACGCCGACCGUGGAGGUCGCGGGAGAGGAAGAGGCCGCGGUGAAGGACGCGGGCGCGGAAGAGGAGGGCGUGGUCGCGGUGGACCGGUCGGCGAUAUCAGGCUUGAAGAACAGGCAGCGAAGGAGGCUGAAGCCGCAAAAGAUUCACCAGCACCAGCAGAACCUACAACCAAUUCCAACGAACCCCCGUCUGAUGCACCCACCGGCCCUUCAAAACCCUCCACCGCCUCUGUCCACGGCGACCGCACCCUCACCGGCGGCUCAAAGCGCACGCGCCUCACCGAAGCCGAGCUGAGCGCCAAACUCGCUUCAAUGCGCAGCAAGAAUGAAGCCCUAGCAAGUGCACACGCGCGCGCGGAGGCAGAUGCAGCCGCUGCCGAAGCGCGCGAGGCCGUGCUCAAGCAGCAGGAAACUGAGCGCAAGAAGCUGGCAGCCGAAAAGCAGAAAGCGGAGCGCAAGGACCGGCAGCAGAUGAUGGGCGAAAGAGAGCGGAAUAGGCAGAGGAAGUUGAAUGCGCAGGGAGGCAGGGAGUGGGAUUUGGAGAAGGAGGAUGGGUUUGAUGGGACGGGUGAGGAGCGGAGACGGGGUGCGACAAGGGGUGCAUAUGGCGGUGUGUCAGCGCCGAGGGGUGCUCCUGAGGGGAGGGAGUUGUUCGACGAUGGCGGUGAUUCGGGAUCGUACCGUGGCCGAGGCAGAGGGAGAGGUGGAAGGGGAGGACGAGGAGGACGGGGUGACUUUCACGAAUCCCGCGGCCACGAGGGUCGAAGCCAUGAAGGAAGAGGAGGCAAGCAAACCCAACGCCCACCGACAGCAACCGACUUUCCCGAGCUGCCCUCUUCCAAGCCAGCAGAACAGAACGAAUCUGCGCCCAAGAUCAAAGAGUUCUCCAUCAAGGGCAAAGGCGAGAACAAGAACGAAGACAUCAGGAAGAGCGAACCCGAGCUCAAGAAGGAACUUGAGCCUGCGGAACCAAAGGUCAAGACUGAGGAGGCACCGCAGAGACCGGGUGUCAAGAAAAUCGAGUCGUUUGGUCUGGAGCCGAUGAAGAAGGGUCAGAGUUGGGCGGACGACGAGUAGGAUCCGUCGGGGCUGGUAGCCUUGUGAUCAUGCAUUCAUCAUC